CAUAUUCAAUGGGGAAACUAACACAUCGAACGAGGGCCAUCUAAUUCAGAAGUAUUGCAAUAGACUUGGCGCAACGCGGGAGAAUUCUACAUUCAAACGUCUUCGGGUAUCUGGAUGUCACCACCAAAUCAGAAAGAUGAUGACACAACGUACACUGUAUUGUCCGUGUGCUCUUGUCCCACUCGUCUAGCGGUUCAAAAAUGGGAAGAACACACGUCAGCGGGAUACGGGUGGGUUCUCAUUCGGCUGGGCCGGUGUCAUUGCCCUGGCGUGAUGCUAGGAGCGUCCACACUGUUCAUUGUCAUAUCUCAAAAUCGCGCGGUACGCCCUACAAGCGCUCAUCACAAUCGAGCACGUACUGCUGAGACAGCCACGAAAAGAGAAUUACACAAUGUGUUCGCUUCCACCCAUGCGCCCUCAGGAACCCUAAAACCGCGGUAUCCGUUGUCGUGCACCAUACUAUGAGGAACGAAGGAAGCAACUGGAUCGUAACGGUUUGACAAUUCAUUCAACCACAGCUUCUCCUGGUUCGAGUCGCGCACCACCGGUGAUCUCAGCUCAGGUCUUGUUUCGGAUGUGAUGAUUGACGAUGUCCCUCAUCUCCGGGGACCGGGUCGAG